GUGUCCCGCCGACCGCUCGCGUGACACGCCGCGCUCCUCGUGCUGUAACCCACGAUACCCAUCCUACAGGACGUAUGCUCCUGACGCCCGCCCGCGCCGCACUGCCGCCCGAACCGCCAGCGUCCCCCUCGCGCGCGAACACAAAUAACCGCGAUACGUUUUCGCGAAAACUUUUCUAAUUCGACUGUGUCAUCGAUCGAAGUAAAUAAUUGAGAGGACUGUCUUGUUCGCCGCAACGGUGGAGGCGAUGAGGUCGAAGGCGGUUGCGAGGCGGCUCCACGCGCAAGGAAAUAAAGAAGAUGGCGAACCUACACAUAACGGUAACGAAAAUACAGCAGGAGAUAGCCAGGAGUCUGGCAGCCCACCGCCGAGCCCGACUGACUCUGUCACAUCGGAGUCCGCGCCCACCCUAGUCCACAUUAAACAAGAGAACAUGGCGCCAGGAGCCGACAUGAAAGAUUAUUACGCGACUCUGGACUUUGGUCUACCCGAAACAUACUUGUCCAAUUUCCCCGACUACGCCAGGCCCUACUUGCCGAGGCCUCUCGAUUUACCCGAUCAAAAGUUCGUAGAUGUGAAAAACGAAAAUGACGACACAAAAGAUGAUGACGUAGGCGAUCCAGAACUGAACCUGCCCAUAGAAUUAGCGUUGAAAAACGAUGGAGUGUACGCGCGCGCUAAUAUUGCUGUCGGAACAAAAUACGGACCUUUUAUAGGCAAAUGGGAGACUCAGCCGUUGGACCGGAGAUACGCCUGGGAGAUUAUCGGCAAGAACAGCAUACGAUGCUGGAUGGACGGGACCACGAACAAGACGAACUGGCUCAAACUGGUUCGUUCUAGCAGCUACACUCGGGACGUCAACAUGCAGCAUGUUUUAUUAUCAGGCGAAAUAUGGUAUAAGGCGACCCGAGAUAUUCCUUCCGGACAGGAGCUGCUGCUCGGACCCAGGACCCCGCUGACGUUCGAAGUAUUUGUACCCAAUGCUGACGAGCGUCAAGCAACCAGCGAAAAGUUCAGCUCCCAGUCGAUAACUGAAGAAGAAGACAGAGAAGACACAGAGCCAAGGUGUUCCUUCUGCGACGCUCCUUGCGCUAAUAUAGAACUGCUCGACCAGCAUCUGAUCCAGCGUCACGGUCAGCCGGCCGGUGCCUUCCACUGCGAGCUCUGCAACCGCUCGUACAGCUCACGGGCGCUGCUACUCAGACACCGCGCUCUCGCACAUACCGACAUCAGGAAAUAUCCUUGCGAAAACUGCCCCAAGGCGUUUACCGAUCCUUCCAACCUGCAGCGCCACAUCCGCGUGCAGCACGUCGGCGCCCGCAGCCACGCCUGUCCCGAGUGCGGCAAGACCUUCGCCACCUCCUCCGGCCUCAAGCAGCACACGCACAUACACUCCAGCGUCAAGCCAUUCCAGUGCAAAGUUUGCUUUAAGGCCUACACUCAGUUUUCAAAUCUGUGCCGCCAUAAACGCAUGCACGUCGCCUGUCGUGCAGUGGUUGAAUGCGGCAAGUGUGGACAGUCCUUCGCAUCAUACGCAUCCCUGACCAAGCACAAGAGAUUCUGCGAUACUGCCACGGCAUCGGUAAAUUUAAGAGGACAAAUGCCGCAAGGACUGCCCCCGAUUCCACCUUUGCCAAACGUUGCGAUGAAUCCUGCAAAUAACGCCAAUCCAUUCCCAAUGUACAGAGGCCAUACUUUGCCGUUGCAUUAUAACACGUUUGCCCACUACCCAGCAUUGCUAUCGGCUGCAGCCGCUGCUGCUUAUUCACCUGACUUUUUGAAUCCAUUCCUUAAUGUACAAGGAGCCGCUAGAUUGGCCAUGGAACACGAUCUUGCUAUGUCAAAUGCUAACUUAGUUUCCAAGCAACAAGAAGGUAGAAUGUCUGUCAAAAGCAUGGACAGCGGCACGUCCCUCGAUGAUUCGAAAAAAAUGAAGGAUUUUGAAUCAGAAUUGAACAAGAAAGACAGUGCUAGUUCUGAUAGAAACACGCCUAGUAAAUACCCGGGCACAUCCAAAAAAAUGUCUUCACCAUCAAUUGAAGAAGUUUCCACGCAGCACAAUCCAUCAAUAAUGGCAAUGCAGACUCCUAUUGUACCAUUCAAUUUCACAAGAGACGAAAUGAAACGAAAGUCUCCAUUUAACUUCUCACUAAAACUAAACAACAAUGAAGUUAUGGGGGUGAAACCAUCUUCUCCAUCUUUACCGAAAGAUUUAUCAAAGAAUGUAAUGGAAGACGAUAAAGCUUCCGAGUAUUCUGAGGCGGAAGAAGAUGCCAAAAAAGAUGAAGCAGACCAGCCUCUCGACUUGUCCGUUACAAAGAAACAGAGCGACAAAGAAUCAGAAGCGGAAAACGAUGACCGUUCCUUUCGUAACUCUGUCAAGUCAUAUUCACCACCAGAGAGUCCUCUCACCAGAAGCAAGACACCCGAGAAUGACACCACUGAUGUGGACGUCGAGGGCGUAGAGCCAAAGAGAGACUCUCCCACACAGAUGGUCUCCCCGUCAAUUGCGUUUCCCAUGCCCGUUCAUCCUCAACACAACAGCAUCAUUGACGCGAUGUAUCGCCCCAGAUUUCCGUCAUUCCACGCAUCCGAGUCUAUCCUGAAUGCAUCACACUCUCCUUACGUUCCGAGUCCUUUCAAUUUUUUAUCCCCCCUUCUGGGUACCGACGGACCGGACCGGCAACAGAGCGCGUACGCCAAGUUCAGAGAACUGAACUCCGGCUCGAGGAAGGGUCGGGAUCAGUACGCCUGCAAGUUCUGCGGGAAGGUUUUCCCGCGCAGCGCCAACCUGACGCGGCAUCUGCGCACUCACACCGGUGAGCAACCCUACAAAUGUAAAUACUGCGAGCGCUCGUUUUCAAUCUCGUCGAAUCUGCAGCGACACGUGAGGAACAUUCACAACAAGGAGCGGCCUUUCCGGUGUCCGCUAUGUGAUAGGUGCUUCGGGCAGCAGACAAACCUCGAUCGGCAUUUGAAGAAGCACGAGGCUGAAGGCGGCGAUUCACCGAGUUCUGCAGAUACGGAGCGCGACGAUGCGUACUUUGAUGAUAUCCGUUCCUUCAUGGGAAAGGUGACGUGCUCACCUCCGCCGCUCGCCAUCUCUACAUAGCGCUCCCAGAAUCCUUCACUACCUUCCAAAUCCAACAGUUCUUUAACGUAUUAGAUAUUAACUUCUACUAGUACUUGUUGAAGUGUACCUAUAUAAUAAAGACUAAAGACCCUUCUGAAUUCAGUUCAGUGUUGUAAGGGCAUAAUACAUGACAUUGAAUGUUAAUUGUAAAGUUAAUGUAAAAAUUAAAUGCUGUAGUCAUAAAGAUAAACGUUGUAAAUACGUCGAUUUGAGGUCAAUAGAUUUAUAAUCACGUUAUCUUAGCUACAUUAUCGAUUCUGUCGUAAAAUCAGUAAUUGUUACAAAAAUGUUUAAUGUGACUUAAAUAUUUGUUCCUAGUUCACUUCUCGUGAAAUAAGCUAAAAUCUUUGUGUACAUAUUAAUGUUAGAUUGUAAAUAAAUAAAAAUACUAUUAGAAUUUUAAAUUUAAAUAUGUCCCAGUGAUGCGUGCGACGUUUUACUUAAUGAUUAUUGAUACAGCAAUUCGAUAGAAUGAAGUGAUUUUAUUUGUAAUAAAAAAAUUAUUUCAUACAUUAAUUAGUCUUGAUUUGAAAAUCGAAAAGAAAUCUUAUUUAGUCUAAAUUUUUACCAAAGUUUUCGUUUGUAAUUGAUUGCAAAUUAAUUUGUGUAAUAUCGAUUUUUAUAUGAUAAUUAAAAUGAAUUUGUAACUAUAUUAUAUGUAAAUUGUUAUUGCUUAGUUGUGUCUUUAAGGAAAUUAAAAGUAAUAUUUUUUGUUGUUAUUUACACGGUUGUUGUACAUGUAUGAAGUUUCAUUAAAUUAAAAUUAAAAGCAUAUCAUAUGUUUUUUGAUAAAAAUCAAAGCUCACUUUAGAAAUUGUAUUAAAAAUGUAGGAGUAUUAGAAUUUUAAUAUAAUUUAGAUUUUAAAUAAUAUAUAAAAUUUAACACUUCCUAUUCCACCUUUUAUUCUGUAAUUUACUGUACUUUCAUGUAAAUAAAAACAAUUGAAAAAAUAGGUUAAAUUUAUCACUUAUAAAUUUUCCGCGAGUUUACAUUGAAAUUUAAUUUCAUGAAAACAAAUAUUAUAAAUCUCCAACGAUUUAACUAAAUCAAAUUAUUUUUUAAGUAGUUUUUCUAAAUCUUAUUCGUGUAUUUUAUUAAAUCAAUCAAAUGCUUAUAAAGUUCGUAACUUUUAAUAUAUCACAUAUAGUCGCACUAGAAUAUGAUUUAAGAUAUUAAUUAGUGUCACGGAAACAAUGUAUGCGUUCGUCACUCGAUACUUCUUAAUUUUAUUUCAAUUUCCAAUUAUUGUAAACACAUUGAAAAAUAAAACAGUACAACCGAA